AUAAAUAAAACCCUUUGAAAUUUUGCCGAGCGUUUCCUCAGCUGUGCAAGCCAUCUUCGUAGGCAAAACCCAAUUCCUUCGUCCAUCCCUGCUUUCUGCAAAUAUUCCAUCCCUCAUUUCUUCGCUCAUCGUCUCCGUUUUCAGGCAAACCAUCUGCGUUUACGGUGCUCCUUCUAUCUAUUAAAUAGCACGAGUUCAGCAGUUGUAUUUUAUCAGACACGGAUGAAACAGUGGUUAUUAUGUCUGAACUGAUUGAAGGACUUCCGGAUGCUGUUGCAAUUAGGUGCCUUGCACGAGUUCCCUUCUAUCUCCAUCCUAAGUUAGAGCUCGUCUCUCGUUCUUGGCAAGGAGCCAUUCGUAGCCCUGAGCUAUUUAAAGCUAGACAGGAGGUUGGUGCAUCUGAGGAUCUAUUAUGUGUCUGUGCUUUGGACCCAGAGAACUUAUGGCAGUUGUAUGACCCUUUACGUGAUCUCUGGAUUACACUUCCUGUUCUUCCCUCAACUGUCAGGCAACUUUCCCGCUUUGGUGCUGUCUCCAUUGCUGGAAAGCUGUUUGUGAUUGGUGGAGGAAGUGACGCCGUCGAUCCAUUGACUGGUGAUCAAGAUGGGAAUUUUGCAACAAGUGAAGUCUGGUCAUAUGAUCCUGUAGCACGGCAAUGGUCCCAGUGCGCGUCUAUGCUUGUGCCCCGUUCUAUGUUUGCAUGCUGUGUAUUGAAUGGAAAGAUUGUUGUGGCUGGGGGCUUCACUAGCUGUCGAAAGUCUAUAUCUCAGGCAGAAAUGUAUGACCCUGAGAAGGAUAUAUGGAUUCCAAUGCCCGAUCUUCAUCGCACACACAAUUCAGCCUGUUCAGGAGUAGUGAUUGAGGGAAAGUUGCAUGUAUUACACAAAGGGUUGCCAACAGUUCAAGUUUUAGACAAUGCAGGGAAUGGGUGGAUGUGGACCGUCGAGGAAUGGAGCUGGCUUCAAGGUCCAAUGGCAGUUGUUCAGGGAUCCCUCUAUGUGAUGAGCCAUGGUAUUAUUAUUAAGCAGGACAAAGAAGUGAGAAAGAUGGUUUGUUCCGCAUCGGAGUUUCGAAAGAGAAUUGAUUGCGCGAUGAUUGGGCUGGGUGAUGAGUUAUAUGUGAUUGGGGGCUUCAUUGGUCCUGACAGGUGGAACUGGGACAUCAAACCAUUAUCUGAUGUUGACGUUCUCACUCUUGGGACUGAGAGACCAACUUGGCGUUCCGCAGCUCAGAUGACACGGUGUCGUGGUCCUAUCCUUGGCUGUACACCGCUGAGAAUUUAGACCUUCACUUGUGCUUACGUGUGACUCUGCUUCUAUUGAGGGAUUUGUGUCCCUUGAACUGGAGGCAGAGAAUGAGAUGCAUGAUGGCUUCUUUGUUUUGUAUGCAAGCCAUAAAAUUCGUCCUUGUUUUGUGUUGAUUAUAAAUUCAUGCCAUCGAGAAGUGAGGCACUGUUUGAAUCAAGCAUUCAAGGCCAAUUACCGGUGAAGAAUUAUAAUCUUGUUGAUUAAGGACUGCCUUCACAGUCGAGCAAAUAUCUUUCGACUUCUUUUCCCCGCAUGGGUACUCAGAUUGAUUAUAGCCCGCAAAUUAUAAUCUUUUAUGGUUUGGCAGCACGACUGCAUUAGCUCCGGGUUCUCAUUCAUAUAUUAGGCGGCUUGCAUUAUAUAAAUUUGAAAAUUUAGUGUUGCUACAUGUAUGUGGUCAACACUCUCGUCCUUCUCAUUGGCCCUUUGCCAGUGUAAGGCAAGGCCUUCGGCACUUUGGAGGGAAGCUUCCGUAGGUUUGUACCUGUCAAUCGUUUCACCGUUGAAUAUGAUGAGAAUGUCGAAUGCACCGGGAAAAAAAAGGAUUGAAAAGACGAUUUUUUUUUUUGUUUUAAAGAAAAAAGGAGGAGGAAGGAGGAAAGUCCCGCAUCUCAGGAAAUGAAGGGACGGCAUCUCCUACAAAAGGAAUGGGAGCGCAUCAAUUGAAACAUACCCCUCCACAAAGUGCAAUGAAAGUCGCCUAACCCGGUCAACUGGACUUCCAUCGCACAUGGAAGAAGGUCCGCCAAAGUAGGGGAGACUACCUCAUAAUUUUAUAGUCCCAUUUGACUCAAAUCUCCCGCGUUCCCAAGCCGGCGUUGUCUCGGCCCAAAAGCAACGAGAUGCCAUUUGUUGGGCCAACGAUGAGCUCCCGCUACCUUGUUUUCGUCUUUGGCUGUAAUCGUUGAGGUUUUGAUUAAUUUGAAAUUGUAUUCUCAAAUGGCAUGUGGAUCUUUGUCAUCACCAGUGCAACCGAGACCCUCGGAUAAAUGUUAUGGCUGAAGGCAACGUAACAGGAUCUGCCUUGUGUAAAAGGGGGAGUAGUCACUUGAAAAUCUGGUGAUCAGCUCAAAUGUGAAACAAGUCGGGCUAGAUUGGAGUGAGGAAGGUAAAGGCAGAGAUAAAGAUAGACGCAAGUGACGUGGAGGUGAUGUUAAGGUGGGAGCUAGGUAAGGUUUUAGGAAGGAAGAUGAAUGCGUAAGAGUAUAGAGCUCAUACAUUUGGUGGUAGUCAUUCUCCAUUCGCCCCCCUAUUAAGGAAGAAGCAGAGGACAACCCCACCACGUACCUCCUUCCCAUGGGAAAGUGGAACUCUGUUCACAUUGAUCCGGAUAGGGUCCUCUGUUUUGCUUCCUUUGUAAUUUUAUGAUUUUCUCAUGUUUAUCAGUUGACGCUUCUAAGAGAAAUAGUUUGUUCUGCGCUGUUAAUUACUUGGGGAAUGGUUUAUCAAACGAAGAACGCAGCUCUCACAUGGAUCA